GUCACUCGCCCUUACAGUUGCAGAAAAUAUAUAAAUAGUUAGUCUUCAAUAUCUAACUGUAUUUAGUGUGCUUGGACAAAAAUGAAGGUGAUUUUAUUAACAGUGUUGUGCGUAAGUUAUGCUAUAGCUGGAAGCUUGAGAGAGAAGCGACAGGCUUUGAACUGCCAAGAGCCGGAUGUUCCAAAUGUAUGUGCAGGAACGAAUGGACGGAUAUACUUUCCUCAUCCAACAGACAACAAUAAGUUUUUGCAAUGCUCGGACGGAGGGAGAAUGUUUAUCAUAAAAUGUCCAAAAGGAGAAGUCUACAAUCAAGCAACCACCUCCUGUACAGGGGUAACAAAUCCAACAGGUACGAACCCCUCGAAUCCAUGCACAGCACAAAAUAUGGCAAGCGGCAACAUUUUCUUCCCGUAUGCAAGCGAUAAAACAAAGUUCAUUGAAUGCAACAGUCAAGGUCAGCCUGUUGUUCUCAGUUGUCCAUCUCGUCUGGUGUACGAUACAGGACGAGGGUCUUGUGUACUCCAAGCUGGUACUAUUGUUAACUCAGCAACAACCAAGGCACCUACCAAUGUUGGGGGUGGUGGUCCUGUGAACACUGGUGUUGUUAUAGGUACAGGGACCAAUAUAAACCCAUGUACUGCACAAGCUAUACAGUCCAACAACUUGUUCUUUCCACACUCCGACCCAACUAAGUUCAUCCAUUGUGACCUCGUGGGUAACGCUUACGUGAUGCAAUGUCCGUCAAAUCUUGUUUGGAGCCAGAUGACUUCUAACUGCCAAUCACCAUACGUUGCUAACCAGCUUAACGGCGGAGGAAUUUCAAUAGGAAAAUAGUUCAUACGCUAAAGUUUUCUUUUGCUUAUUAUCAUUUCUUCAAUUAUGAAUGAUGAAUUUUGUUUUUGACUGUUCAUUAUUUAUGAUAAUAUAUAAAUCGAUAUAAGACUUCUAUUGAUUUCUUAAAUUUUGUUUUGAAUUAUAUUUAGGAAAAAAUAUUCUAUUUUUGCUCAACAGCAAAAAUGUGAUCCCUGCAUAUGAUUCGGGUUAUUGCAAAAAAGGUUUCCGCUUAAGAUAAUUGGAUUUUAGAUUUCAAUAACACCCUGUAAAAGUACUGUACAUGUAUUUGCAUUUUUCAAAAUUAAGUCUACAAAUAUCAAUUCUUAAAUGUGUGUAUUGUUAAGAUUUGUUUAAUAAAGAAUUACAUGUAUAUUAAAACAAAGGCGCAAAAAAGUCA